GUUCAGGAAGCGGGAAGUCCAGCUGUGGUCAGAUCACAAAAACCUGCUCCUCACCACUCUCCUCGCUCUGCCUGACUGCCUCUCCAUCACAUCUUCCUGUACCUCUCCCUCUGGACUUGGCGUUCCCUCCGUCCAGCUCGCCUUCCAUCCUCCUCAGCUCUCCUUCUCUGACGUCUCCCUCUGCCACACCGCUACCCCCACCCCCUGACCUUCUCACAGCGACCCCUCUCUCUCUCUCUCUCUGCUCCCCAACCUUUCCUCUCUCGCCUGUUCCCUCUCCACGCUAACCCCACCCCUGGACACGCUGUCUGGGGUAGGGACGACAGGAUGCAGUCACAGGUCACCCGCAAGUACCCUGUGGUCAAGAGGGGGCAGAGGGCAGAGGCCCCAAUACAAAAGACAGAGACAGGCAACGCCGGCCUCACAGACAGAGCUGCAACUCUGUGCCCGAACGGGGACCACCUCGAGAUACUCAAGGCCUUUGACUUACAUUGGGAGUACGGCCCAUGUUGUGGUAUCACGCGGAUGGAGAGGUGGGAACGAGCCCACCGGAUGGGCCUCCGGCCUCCGCAGAACGUGAGGGAACUCCUCCAUCACCAUCAGAUGGAUACCAAAUAUCAAGAGAGCUUGUGGCAAGAAUAUAAACUGUGAGAGAGCCUCAAAAACUGCCUUCAUUCAAACCUGGAAGGAAUAUGGCAGGGGUUGGUUUGUCGCUGUGCACUGGGGCUGGGAAGUGAAAGCUCGGAAAUAAUAAUGGACUCAGUAUUUACUGAAUUUUCUUGUGUGCAUGCCAAUCAAUAUCAUUGAGGGGGGAGGGAUAAUCUGGAAUCUCACUGUACCAAUCUUGGUUCGACAUCAAAUUAACUGUGUCCGAAUUGUUGCAAUCAGAAUUCGCCCUUUGGGACAGCAGAAAGAGAGAGAGAGAGAGACAGACAGACAGAAGAGAAAGACUUACAGUGUGAUGGAGAGACAGAGAGUGAAAUAGAGAGAGAGAGAGAGAGAAACAGGUGGGGGUGGUGGAGUGGAGGGACAGACAAACAGAAAGAACCGAGUGAGUGACAGAUGGCGAGAUAGAAAGACUGAGAUUUAGAGAUAGAGAGAGGCAAGGGAGAGUAACAGACGGAGACAGAGAGAGAGAGAGAAACAUAGGGAGAGACAGAGAGGUUGAGACAGAGAGAGAGAGAGAGAAUAACAGAGAAAGAUGUGGAGGGAAAAAUGGAGACAGGAUCAGGUAGAGGGAGAGUCUGAGUCAUAACAGGGUCAUAACAGCCCAAUAACUGGUGGUGGGGGCGUUACUGGAGGCACUUGAACUCCAUGCGGCCCGCGUUCUGCCUUACCUUGCCAUGAAGAAACUUGCCCCCUUGCCCAAAGACAAUGGCGGCCAGCAGCAGCAUCGAAGACUGGGCCCCUUUUUACUUGGGAACCUUCUAGAUCCAGGCUCAGAGCUUCUCACCCUCCUCCUCCUCCUCCUCCUCCUCCUCGCCCCAGGGCCUCAACAUGUGCCACGUGCUCGCCAAGGCCUCAACAUGCGCCACGUGCUCGCCAGGGCCUCAACAUGUGCCACGUGCUCGCCAAGGCCUCAACAUGCGCCACGUGCUCGCCAGGGCCUCAACAUGUGCCACGUGCUCGCCACGUGAAGGAAAGGGGCAGACCAAGUGUUUUUUAGACGAGGGGAGGAUGACUCUGGAGGGAGAGAAAGAUGCAUAGAGAGAGAUGGAGAGAGAGAGAGAAGGAGAGAAAGAUGCAGAGGGAGAGAUGGAGAGAGAGAGAGAAGGAGAGAAAGAUGCAGAGAAAGAGAUAGAAAGAGAGAAAGAUGCAGAGAAAGAGAUGGAGAGAGAGAAGGAGAGAAAGAUGCAGAGCAAGAGAUGGAGAGAGAGAGAGAAGGAGAGAAAGAUGCAGAGGGAGAGAUGGAGAGAGAGAGAGAAGGAGAGAAAGAUGCAGAGAAAGAGAUAGAAAGAGAGAAAGAUGCAGAGAAAGAGAUGGAGAGAGAGAAGGAGAGAAAGAUGCAGAGAAAGAGAUGGAGAGAGAGAGAGAGAGAAGGAGAGAAAGAUGCAGAGCAAGAGAUAGAGAGAGAGAGAAGGAGAGAAAGAUGCAGAGAAAGAGAUGGAGAGAGAGAGAGAGAGAAGGAGAGAAAGAUGCAGAGCAAGAGAUAGAGAGAGAGAGAAGGAGAGAAAGAUGCAGAGAAAGAGAUGGAGAGAGCGAAGGAGAGAAAGGUACAGAGUAAGAGAUGGAGAGAGAGAUGGAGAGAAAGAUGCAGAGAGAGAGAUGGAGAGAGAGGGACCAUUGCUCAGACUGGGACAGAUAAGUAAUCACUCUCUCCAAACGGCUGUCUUGUUUACAAAGAUUUAUUUAUAUUUGAUACUUUAUUGAAGCAAUAAAGUCUCUUUGUAUCAGG